ACGGCGGGCAAAAGAGGUGGACGGAGGCCCCCGGGCGGAAAGUGGAAGGCGCGCGGGCAGCCUCGCUCUCAUCUCCCGGGCCAGAGGGGUGCGAGGCUGAGUGGCAGGCGGCUGAGAGUGAUCUGGGAUCCGGGACAGGAGACUGGCACUGGCAACGGCAACCUCGACAGGCCGCGAUGGAGAAUUUCUGAUGACAUCAUGGAGAAUGACAGUGGAAGCAGCCACAUGGAUUACCUUUAUGGUGACCUGUUGCAACAGGACAGCUUAGUUUCCCCAGUGAAGACUGACAAUGAAAACUCUGUAGAUAUCUAUGAUGGCCUGGACACAGACUAUCAAGGAGGUGAACAGUCUGCAUCACUUGACACUACAGGAAAGGGUAAAUCUGCUAAAGAUUGUUUUGAUCUAUAUGAGGAAAUCCUCACUGAAGAGAGAACUGCAAACGAAAUCUCAUUGAAAGAGUUUCAGGAAAAGUUCAUUGAAAGAGAAAGAAAAGUUGAAGAGUUAUUGAAAAAACUGCAUGAAGUACAAAUCCAGAACUCCACCCUGUCAAAUGAAAAUACCCAGCUGAAGAAGAAUAUGUCAGCUCUAAUAAAAACUGCUCGUCUGGAAAUUGUCCGCAAAGACGAAGAAAUUAAUCGGCUUAACAGAAGAGAGUCACUUAAUUGGAUUGGAAAUCCAGGACUCCGUCAUUACCAUAAGCAACACCAUCAUCCCCCUGGAUCAUUCAACGUUCCAACUACACCACAAGCUGAUAACAGAAGUUCCAGCCCUGUACUUCACUGUCCGUCCAGACCUGCACACUGCCAGCCAGCUGCUCAUUUAAACAAAGAGGGAGAUUGUUUGGAAGGUGGAUCACUGAGAGGUGCAAGUAAACCUUUAGAACCAAAGGCACAGUGUAAUUUGAAAAACUCUCUUUCCAACUCCCAGUCAGCCCUGUGCGUGAAUUCUUAUAGUAAAAUUUCCCCCCACACAGAUAAAGAACCAGUCCAUCGAAGCAAUGCAGUGAUGGAUAAAAUGAGGCCCUCUCAGAGUGAAGAGAGAAGAAGAGUUGAUAAAAUAAAUGGUGAACAUUUGGGUAAACAUACAAAUACUGAAAAGUUAGACAGUUCUAUCGUUGAGCUUUCAAACCUUCGGAAAAAGAGUAAAGGACCCAAUUUUCUGGAAAAGACUGAUAAAUUUGAACCGACCUCCCUCAGCAUGAGACCACAUUCUGAAAUCAGAGGCUCAAGCCGUCACGCUCCAGAAAAGAGGAGGCAUCACUUCAAUCAAGGUGAGCUCCUCAACUGUUCAAAAGAGAGUCUAGAGGCAAGAGACAAGAGAACCUAUGCUGAAAAGGAGGAGAGGCAUAAAGAGAAAGACACAAGAAGAAGUGGGCCCAGAGAGAGAGAGCAGAAAAUGGACCAGAGAAAAGAUCAGAAAUGUAAUAGGGAUGUUGACAAAGAUAACAAAAGAAAUGACAAAUUGAGAGGCCAAGCAAUUGAAAAGGAAAGAGACCCAAUAAAGUGCCAUGAUAAAACAAAAGAAUAUUCCAAACUAACAAGACCUGAAAGCCCUCAAAAACAUCCUAGGCGAAACAGUUGCACAGCAUCGGAGCACACAAUUGGAGAACGGCAAGACCAGAAAAUUGAGAGGAAGAAUUCAGGAAAGAAAAGAAACAUUGAGGAUAAUGGAGAUCGAAGAAAUAAACAUUCAAAAGUGAAUGAUCAUGAGACACCCAAGGACAAUCGCAAACACAGUGAUAAAAAUGACAAUAGAAGUUUAAAAAAAGCUGAAAUUAGAAAAGAGGAAAAGAGUAAAUCUGAACAUAAAGAUAGAAGAAACAGCAAUGUUAGGCAUUCUUCAAGGGAUGGAGGGGAUUGUGCUAAAAGAGAAAGAAAGCAUAGAGUUGAAAAAGACAAAACCAAGUCACCUGAGAAUCAUGGAAAUGUGACUGAAAGACCUUGUGUGGAUCAAAAAUCCCAAAGAAUAGAAGAAUCAGUCUGUGAUGGUAAUAUGGCUAACUUGUUAACCGCAGAUGAACAAAAUUUAAUAAGAAACACUGAUCCCAAGUUGCAUUUUAUGAAAACAUUGCAGCUUACUGUUUCUCCGGUGAAAAGGCCUUCCACUGUCCUUUGUGAAGUAGAUGAUGAAAUGCAGUGCAGCCAGCUUCUCAGUGAGGAUCUACUGGUGGAAUCGGCUGAGAAAAUGGCAUCUGGAUCUGCAGAGGCUAACUUUAUUUUGGACAAAAUUUCUAACCAAUCUGAUGAAGCACAAGCAAUGGACACAAACUGCAAAUCUACUGAGUUACCUGUGGGAGGGACUGAGGUACAAGCAAUGGACACAAACUGCAAAUCCACUGAGUUACCCAUUGCAGGAACUGAAAUCCGGGUUUCUCGGGACAGCCCAAAACCAGUGGAACAUAUAGUUGGGCAGGAGGAGCCACUGCAAGUUGAAGAGGAGGAAGAGGUUCAAGUCAUGUUGGCAGAAAAUGCUCCAGACCAGCCCAUGGAGUAUGACUGCAUCGUGCAUGACACUGAAAAGUUGACCCCAAUUGUUGUUGAGACCAUGGGCACCGUGGAAGUAGUCAGUGAAGCAAUUUAUGAAGUGACUAAAAGUGCAAAGCCAGUUGUAGAAAUUAAAGGUACUGAUCCAGCAGAAAACAUGCAGUCAGUUGGAAAUGCUUCAGAAGUUGACAAUGAACGUGUUGGUAGAAUGAAUGGAAAAUCUCCAUGGCCUACACAAGCUAACAGUGUUUCUGUAGAUGGACCAAGUGGGAGUUCACAUUGUCUAAUUGAACUUGAUAGCACAAUCAAUAAUGAGAAGAUUGGAGCUCUGAAUGUUAUUGGGAAACCUGAAGAUUCAGGGCAGCCUGUGGAUGUCAAGACAGCAGCUACUGAAGCAUGGACUGGGAAUUCAGAAGUAGGCUUCACUAGUUGUGAAACACAGCAGCCAAAUGGAAGUACUGUGGAUUCUUCUUCAACUGUCAACAAAACACCUGUUAAAAACUUUUGUAUAGCUGAAGACCAGGAAGAAAACUCCAUUCAAAGCAUUGACUUUACCUACAUAGGGUGCAUACCAGAACCUAUCAGUCCAUUAACCAGCCCUUUACGGCCUAUUAGACCUUCAACAUUAGAGACCGCUGGUAUCCAAAAGGAAAAGGAUGUUGACCACAAAGAUUCUGCCCUGAAAUUCCAAGGUAAUUGUUCUUCAAGAAAUUGCACUCAAGAGUUGAAUAAAGAAAAUCAGGAACCAUUGUGCAAGACAGGAGAAAAAUCGUUAGGGAUUUUGUUAGAGAAUUGUUUUUCAGAAGAAAUAGAAGAAGGAGAGAUUGUGAGUGAUGAGGAGGCAUCUGUACCUGAAAUCCAGAAAGCAGUGAGUAACAUUCAGAUGGAGAAAGAGAGCAACAAAGAGAAGCGUAAUCCAUGUAAAGGCAAACCCAAAGAAGAAGCAAGAUUGGUAAAUCCUGAAGCGUCUACUCUAAACUGCUCUGAGACAAUGACCAAAAUAAAGAGCAGUAAAAAACAAAGGAAACCAGAAAAGGUGACUUCAGACCAAAAUGCUGAUGUAGAAAUUCUCAACCCCAGUUCCAUGGAAAGAGAUCAGAUAAAGUCGUCAGUCUCAAAUUUGAUGGGAGCCUUAAUGGUUGCUCGCAAGACGAUCCGUAAAAAGUACAUGAAGCUGCAUAAACAGUUUGAAAUCCACAAGUUCCAGCGUAUAGUUGAAAUUGCUUCUGCCGACUUCAUCUCUGUUGUUAAAAGAUCCAAUUUUCCAAAGUCCAGACGGUUGUUAAAGACCUCAAUCUGUGCAGAAAUUGAAAGCAUACUAUUGCAAGCCAAGUGCAAUGGGAUUGUAAAUAGUAUUUUCUCACAGCAGGCUCCGAACAUGAAAGAAAAACUGUGGCUGUUCGUGGACCAGCAAUUUGAUUUUAUGUUUGGAAAGGUGCGUGAGAUGUUUAUCUCUUGUGAGAGUAUAAGUCUAGAAUUGGCCUUAGAGGAGAAAAGGGAAAAUGAGAGGUUGAACAAAAAACAGAAGAAAAAUACAGUGGUUAAACAGUUCAAGGACAAAUUUAACAAAUUACCAAAAUUGAAGGGAUCCCCCCCUUCUUCAAGGCCAUCGUUGACAAAUAACUCGUCAAGCAAAAAAAACUCUGGUAAAAAUAAACCAACCAAUCUUGACAAGAAACUAAAAGGAACUCCAGUCUUGAACAAACAUUCAAAGAAGAGUGUGGUAUGUUCAGCUAAUGGUAUCCCCAAGGAAGAAGCCCCUAGCACAAAAGGCAAACAUGAACUGUCAGUGACUCAGGUGAAUUCGAUUGAUCCAUCAACCAAUUCCAACACACUGAAAGAUUGCCAUGAUAAAACUGAACUUGGCAUUCUAACUGAACAACAGGCCUCCACUCUCACAUUUAACCUGGUAAGUGAUGCACAAAUGGGUGAAAUAUUCAAGUGUUUAUUACAGGGCUCAGACCUUCUGGACCAAGGGAUUACAACAUUGGAAUGUAAUUCCUGGCCUGCCCCAGAAAAGGUACGGCCUGACAUCGGAGCACAGAUUUUGAGUAAUGAUUCCAAUUCGGAGAAACCACCACCUGUGUCCCAGCUGGAUGCUGCUACUUGGCCUCCUGUUACACCAAGCGCACAUGCAGUCGGGUUAAGACCACCACUCGAUCUAGACAUUCUAGAUGAAAGUUGCAUGCUGGAAAUUCCAGAUAAGGUGAUGCAAACCAAAGAUUCUGCGAUCAGUCCACGUGAAGAUUCAAACAGCCAAAAGAUAAUUGAAAGUAGCUCAGUUCAGCAAGCACAUUCCUCUGUUUCCUCUAUUCUUGUGGAGGAUCUGGCGGUUUCUCUUACUGUCCCCUCACCUCUGAAAUCAGAUGGGCAGAUCAGCUUCUUAACAUCUCAAAAUGGGGAAUCUUUGCAUGAAGGAGUAAGUAAAGCAAUUCUGUCUGCACAUUACAGUGAAAGUGCUCUUCUCGAUGAAGAGGAUGUGUCAGAGCAAGAUAUUCACUUAGCAUUGGACUCCGAUAAUUCAAGCAGCCAAUCGAGCAAUUCUUCAAUGUGGAACAAACAGGUUUUAGCCUCCCCUUGUCAAUAUCAGCUCCAUCCCCCAAUGCAGGCAGUUGUGAUGGAAAAGUCAAAUGAUCAUUUCAUUGUUAAGAUUAGAUGCAGACCCCCUGGCAGCAAAUCUACUCGGCAAAGCUCACCUUCUUUGGCCGCAGAAGAGAACUUGGGAUUUGAGCUGGAACCAAACAAUGACCUUGGCACAGAGAUGGUCAAUGAGACCGCAGCGUCCUGCAGCAGUGGGGGUGAAGUGCUUGGUCAGGAUCAGACCCUGUUGGAAUCGAGUCAUGAUCAGUCUUUAACUGUAAGGCGUCCAGAAGAUAACAGCAAAAAGUUGGGAAUAGAUGCAGAUGUAAAAUUGCCUCAUUCUGAGGAAGAUCGACCUUCAAUCGAAAAGCACAUAAAUGUGGAGCCUUCGCUCAAAACUCCCAGUGGCAAUGUUGAGAAUGUCCUAUUGACCACAGCAACGUGUACAGAAGACCGUGGUACUUUGAGUAGCAGGAAGAGGAAGUGUAAUGUGAAAGCGGAUUCCACUGUGAAAAGACCACGAAAGGAGAAUGAGCUUUUUAAAAGCACUAAGAGCAAAGACAAAGAAAGCAAACGCAAACAAACAUCCUUGUCUUCAGCAAAGAAAGCUUUCACCAGUAAAGCAGUCACUUCAAAGAAAUCAAUGGCAAAUCCUUCCCAGUCUACAGCCAAGUCACCACCAACCAGUCUUCCUGCUAAAAAUAUCAUCAAGAGGAAUGGUGAAGUUGUGGUAACGUGGACCAGGGAGAAUGAUCGAGCAAUACUGUUGAGCUGUCAACAGAAGGGAGCAAAUGAAGAGACUUUUAGUUACAUAGCUGGAAAACUGCAUCGGUCCCCUGAUCAGGUUUCGGAACGGUUCCAUCGUUUGAUGAAACUAUUCAAAAAGUCUGAACACAUGAACAACUGAAAAAUUGUGCAUCUAUGCUUUGUAUUUCUGUCCUGCUGAAAGCGUUAAAACAAUUUUGGAGAAGAAAUAUUAAGCCACAGAGUUGACUGACAAAUAAUCCACAAAUGUCAUUUCCAGUGCUUUUUUUUAAACUGUUAAACUUGGAAAUGUUUCCUGCGUUUGCAUCUCUGAAGCAUUGUUUUAUAGAGACAUAUUUCAGAAUGGCACGCACCUACAGGAAUGACCUUCACACUUAAUCCUGUCACCUUUAACCCUGAAAAUUAACAUUUUGCACUGGGCUCAUUAAAGUUAACUUCACAGCAAGCUCAAUAAAAUGUAUCUUAAAUGCCAUAAUUUGUUUCUAUUUAAGUUUCAAUGGAAGUGAAUUGUUUAUCUCAAGUUUAUUUAAAUACAUUCUUUGUUCUUGCUGUAUUUCUGCGUACAUUUGUCUGCAUUACCAACACUUGACCAGGUAUCACAAUGUGUUCACUGAAGGGUACUGUCAAAUUAAUAGUCUGUAAAAGUAUAAAAUGUGUAUUUGUACAUAAUGCAGUUUAUAUUUUUGUGAAUACCUUUCAAAGCAGGUUUGAAACAUUUUUGAAGCUUUGCAUUCACACCUGUUUUUAUAUAAAUGUUAAAUAGAAUGCUGUAAAUUUGUUAAUAUUAUAAAUACAAGUUUUUGAAAUUUACUGACAUAUGUUAAGUAUGUUUCAAACUGUGGAGACUAAUUAUUGUAAUUUAUUUUUGCUAGGUUUCAAUGUGAAAAGUAAAGGUUACUUUUUAAUUUUUCUAUGUUUCUUUUUGUAUCAUGUGAGAAAAUGUGUCUAAUGUUUGAUGCAAGAACAGUUGGAAUAGCUUAGAUGUCUUGCUUGGCCUCAAUGCUAAAAUUCCCUAAUACAUACAUCUUUUUAUAUUUUCACCUUACAGGUGCCUGAUAUUUCCCCAUUCAAAACCAACUUUACAGAUCGCUCUGACACUAUUAGAUUGAGGACUGGGCUCUUAAAGUGUUAGAUGGAUUUGUUCGGUGUUACAGAUAGUUAGAAUAAUAGUUUACUAUUUCUUUUAGGCUUGUAGUUACAGGGCUUUUCCAGAAUAAGUAUUAAAAUUAAGAGUUUGAGAAAUUUGAGGGAUUGUGCAACAGGAAAAUUUGGUGGUACUUUAACAAAAAAAGCAAAUAGUCAAAGGUUUUGCUUGAAGAUAAAGUGAUUGCAACAUCUUGAGAUGGUAUAAGUUAAUGAGCUCUCAUGUAUGGGAAAAGCCUGCAAGUUCAUUCUGAUUGCCAGUGCAACAUUGUAUGAAACAGCUAAUGCCAAGCAAUGGGUAGUAGUUGAAAUCAGAGUGGCAGCUACUGAAUACUGAAAUCUCAAAUGCUGAUGAAACAAUCUUGAUAAAUCGUCUCAUGAUUUGGUGCUGACUUACCAAAUAUAUGGGGGAAAAAAUCACUCACAUAGCACUUCUUCUAACACUCAAUGAAAGUAGAAGCAGCAUUUCAUUCAUUAGUUUUGUCCUAUUUGUGUUUUGACCUUUUUGAAGUAAGUACCAGUUUCUUCCUUGAAGGAUAGAAUCAUAGGCUGCAGGGCUUCUUCUGUGUCUAUCAAGUCUGUACCACCAGAGCUGCACUAAAUCUGUAUCAGUCCCUUUACAGCAGUAGGCCCAUAGCCUUGAAUGUGUUCCAGAUUUCUAUAACCUUUUGAAUGAAACAUAUUUCUGUCCUAUUGAAAGACUUUGAAUGCUAGAUGAAUGAACAUUUUAAAGAUUCAGAUAUGAGAUUUUUGUAACAGAUGUAAAUAGGAUUUUAGCAGCAGUAGGCCACCUUGCUGUAGUAACCUGCUUCGUCAUUCAGGAUGAUGAUGGCUUAUUUGGUUGUGGUCUCUUUCAAUUUUCUCCUUACGUCCCAUAGCCUUUGACUGCUUUGUCUAACAAUGAAUCUAUCGAACAAAAGCAAGUGAUGUUGAGGUCCAAAUAUUCUCUCCACUUUCUUGUUAAUUGUGUUGCUGACUUUUCCAAGUGCUGGUUGUGGAGUGGUUUAACCAACCGAAUAAAUCUCAAAUUAAGUUUUCUCCCCAUUUACAUUGUGUUGAAAGAAAAUUGAGAAAUGGUUGCCAUGACAGUCCUCAUUAUGCAUAUUCAACUAGAAUAAAUUUUACAGUGAUAGUUUUAAUAUGGCAGAGGUGAAGAUUAGGAUGCUGCAAUUGGCUGCAGUCUCUGGGUUAAGAGGGAAAACUUAGUUUACCAUUCUAGAGUAAGAUGGGAUAGGUAGAGUGAGUUCUACAAUUGUAUAGAUUGACUAAUCUACAUUUAUUGCUCUCUUACCUGCAAAGCAUGCUACCCUGGUCAACUACUAGGAGGAAUCUGUUUUCCUGCUUUUUGCCAUUUUUUGUUCUUUAGGUCAAAAAUUGUAAAAGGUUUGCAUUUGCUGCAGUUUACUUCAGGUUUUCAUUUUUAGUCCUGCAUUUCUGUAAAUGUGUCUUAAAUAGUGUCCUUAAGUUCUCUCUGUUCACUGUCUUGAUUAUUCGGUAUCCUUAUGUUCAUCCAAUGAUUUGUAUAUUGUCUGUUCUAAUGCUAAAGAAGUAUUCAUUUGUUGGAGUGUAAACUGCUCGGGCUAGCUGCAUUAUAUAAAAAUAGUAUUCUUAGUUAAGGCAUGGUUCUGCCCCUGCACAAUUUAAAUUAAUAAGAUCUUGA